CAAAGGCUGGAGACCAGACUGGCCUUUGCGGCACGAGGGCCCUGCUCCCCUCCGGCGGGGGCCAGCCCCGGGGCAGAGGGAGGCAAGGGCAAGGUGGGCUCUGGGCGGGAGCAGAAGCAGAGAGUAAGAACCAAAUGGAAACAUGAAAGAUGGCAAAGGAAUGGACAUAGCCCUGCUCCCUGCUGACUAGCUCCUAGUCUGCAUCUGAACGGUAGAGCAGCUGUGUUACUGGCCGGCAUAGUCAAUCCCAUUGAUUUACCAGCUGCCUCUCAGCAACCUGCAAUGGAAAAGUCCCAUCACUGUUAUUUGGGGCAGCACUACAAUUUUGUCCCGCUAAUACGUAUAGUGUAGUGCAGUGUUUCCCAAUUUUAUUUGGUCAUGGAACCCUUUUCAGCUUACAAGAAUUUCAUGGAACCGCUAGGGUUGCCAGGGUAAAAUUUGUCAAGCCAAAAAAAAAAAAAAAACCCUGCAAAAUAGACUCUGUUGCUUUAAGAAGGGACGGGGGAGAGCUGCAUUUUCACGGAACCCUUACUUUUGCUUCGCAGAACCCCAGAGUUCCAUGGAGCAUCAAUUGAGAAACACUGGUAGUGUGGAGAGACCCAGCAUACAUGGCUAACAAUGGGUAUCAAGCUCUAUUGACACUGUCUACACCUAGAGGGCAAACAUUUUGUAUCCAAGUUGAGGGAGAAGGGGCCAAUUUGAAAAAUCCUGCAGUGUUUCUAGCAGCUGUAUAUUUACUAUUAUCACACAUACCAAAGGGAACUGUCUGAACUACAGAAGAGCACUUGUUAACUGGAAACCUCUGCUAAGGAUGCAAUUACAGUGGCUGCUGAAUUGUUUUUCUUCAGUGAGACCCAUUCUGAUAAACAGAUCAAAGCACCCUGGAAUAAAUGUGAGUACCAGUUUUGCACUAAUUGAAUCUACCUUGAAAAGCCAUGGCCACUGCCUCUCACCUGAACUCGGAUGCACUGCGUGAAGUUCUGGAGUGCCCUAUUUGCAUGGAGUCCUUUACUGAGGACCAGCUGAGGCCCAAACUCUUACACUGUGGACACACCAUCUGCAAACAGUGCUUGGAGAAACUCCUAGCCAACAGCAUCAAUGGGAUACGCUGCCCCUUCUGCAGCAAGAUCACUCGAAUCACCAACUUGGCUCAACUGACUGACAAUCUCACUGUGCUGAAGAUCAUAGACACCACAGGACUUUGUGAAGCUGUGGGUCUUUUCAUGUGCAAAGUGUGUGGGAGAAGGUUGCCCAGACACUUCUGCAAGAGCUGUAAUUUGGUUUUGUGUGAUCCGUGCAAGGAGACAAAACAUCUGCAGCAGGGGCAUGGUGUUGUUGCCAUCAAAGAGGCUGCUGAUGAACGGAGGAAGGAAUUUGGGGCAAAACUUGGCAGACUUCGGGAGCUCAUGGGGGAUCUGCAGAAAAGAAAAACAUCACUGGAAGGAGUCUCCAAAGACUUGCAGUCCAGAUACAAAGCAGUUCUUCAGGAUUAUAGCAAAGAAGAGCGCAAGAUCCAGGAAGAGCUGGCAAGGUCACGGAAGUUCUUCACAAACUCUCUGUCUGAAGUAGAGAAAGUAAAUAACCAGGUAAUGGAGGAGCAGGCUUAUCUACUGAACAUUGCAGAGGUCCAGAUAGUAUCGCGAUGUGACUAUUUCCUUGCCAAAAUUAAGCAGGGAGAUAUAGCUCUCUUGGAGGAGGCAGCGGACGAAGAAGAGCCAGAACCAACAAAUAGCCUACCAAGAGAGCUGACUCUCCAAGAAGUGGAACUCCUCAAAGUGGGCCACGUGGGGCCACUACAGAUUGGGCAGGUGGUAAAGAAACCUCGAACUGUCAAUAUGGAGGAAUCUCUGAUGGAGACUGCUGCAUCCUCAUCGUUUACGUUUAGAGAGACUGAAGUGGUGCAAGAAGAGACUAGUUUGACACCUAAUUCCUCACCUGCCAAACCAAGGGUGCCUGAAACAGCCACAAGCAUCCAGCAGUGUCACUUCCUCAAGAAGAUGGGCUCCAAAGGCAGCAUGCCAGGGAUGUUCAAUCUUCCUGUCAGCGUACAUGUCACUGUACAGGGAGAGGUGCUUGUGGCAGAUCGUGGCAAUUUCCGAAUCCAGGUAUUUACUCGCAAGGGCUUUCUGAAGGAGAUCCGGCGGAGCCCUAGUGGCAUUGAUAGCUUUGUGCUGAGUUUUCUUGGAGCAGAUCUUCCCAAUUUAACUCCCCUCUCUGUCACCAUGAACUGCCAUGGCCUGAUAGGAGUGACUGAUAGCUAUGAUAACUCGGUAAAGGUGUAUACCAUGGAUGGACACUGUGUUGCAUGUCAUAGGAGCCAACUUAGCAAGCCAUGGGGCAUCACAGCUCUGCCUUCAGGGCAGUUUGUAGUGACCGAUGUGGAAGGGGGAAAGCUCUGGUGUUUCACAGUGGACCGUGGUGUUGGGGUAGUUAAGUACAGUUGCUUAUGUAGUGCUGUGCGCCCAAAGUUUGUCACGUGUGAUUCUGAAGGGACCGUAUAUUUCACUCAGGGGCUGGGACUCAACCUGGAGAACCGCCAACAUGAGCACCACCUCGAGGGGGGCUUUUCAAUUGGCUCUGUAGGACCAGAUGGGCAAUUAGGCCGCCAAAUCAGCCACUUUUUCUCAGAGAACGAGGAUUUCAGAUGCAUUGCUGGGAUGUGUGUGGAUGCUAGAGGAGACCUAAUUGUUGCAGAUAGCAGCCGUAAAGAAAUCCUGCAUUUUCCUAAAGGAGGUGGCUACAACAUCUUAAUCAGGGAGGGUCUCACCUGCCCUGUUGGCAUAGCCAUUACACCGAAAGGGCAGCUGCUCGUGCUGGACUGUUGGGAUCACUGCAUUAAGAUCUACAGUUACCAUUUGAGGAGGUAUUCCACACCAUAAGAGUGUAUCACUGGAUCAAGCUACUCUUCUCCUUAUAGAUUUCUCCCAGCCUUAUAAUAAUUUCACAGAAGUUAGUGCUGCACUUUCACAUAGAUUAUGCCAUAAUCUAAGGUGUGUCAUUAUUUUGUGUUUAGAAACAAAAUCGCUUUUUAUGUGUAUAUUUUAAGAAAAAGCAACAACUCAUCACACCUCCCUGGAACAAAGCAUACUUAUGGAGUACUGGCUGCACGUUAGAUGACUGAUCUCUCUCUGCAGUUUACUGCCUUGUGCUGUAAUUCAUGUUCCCAGCUUCAACUAUUGCAGUCUUCUUUGUGCCAUAAACAUUAACUGACUGUUCUCCAUGGCCUUUCCUUAGAAGAUCUAUGAAGUGGUCUUCUUUCCACCACAGUUCUCACAAAGAUCUCGGUAACUAUUCUCCAGAUAGCCCCAGAAAGAUAUUUCUGAUUGCAGCACUGCAGCUGCAGAGAACACAGCCUCCCUAAGCUGCACAAAGUUGCAGCUUGCAUUAAACGAAAGGGCAAGGCUGUGGCCCUCCCUCUUCGUAAGUAGUCAGGAGAAUAUCCUCAUGGUGCCAUUAGUGAACCCCACUUGGUCCAUCAGUCUCUUCAAUGUGAAGUAGGUACAGUACAAUCAUGGAAGAGUGAUCGAGAUGGAGAACUGCCCUCUGAUGGCAAACAGAAUUUCAUUACAGUUUGAUUAGCAUAUGAAAAGUGUAGAGCCAGGGAACAACUGACAGGAGAGCCUAUUUAAUAAAAUUAAUUUUAGUCUGUCAGUAUUCACAGUUGUUUUACUAUUAAAUCUGGCUUGGAACCUGUCUGUGAAUGGUAUGUUUGGUAUUUGAAGCUUUGGCAGAGGAGAGAGAAAUUGAAGUAAACAAGAUCAAAUGUGACAAAUCAUAUGUUCAUCUGCACACUUCAAUACUCUGCAUUCCGGACCAUUGCAUUUACUGAUAAGUUUCCACUAGUCUGCACUUCAUAUGUGAAAGCAACUUGUUCAUGAGAUGGGAGGGGAGGAAUCUUAUUUUAUUACUUAGAAGCUCUUCCACUGGUGGCUUGCAUUUUUUCUUCAUGCACAACAAAAAGCUACAUUCCUAAAGACGUUGUUUGGCCUUUUUUUUUUUUAUGGCUCCAGCAGGCACAAGGGUGCAUGUUCAUCUCAGCUUUGGGUUAGAUGAAGCACAAAACUGCACCUGUGUGAGUUAACACACCCACAGUGUGCCUGUCAUGGCUGAUCAACACAUAUCUCAGUAUGGCAUUGUUUGUCUACAAUGGAUUAUUGAAGAAAAGAAAUAUUUAAAUAGGGCACAGGUGCCAAAGAUAAUAGUUCCACUGCAGUGUAAUUACUAUUUGUUACCAUCAAUAAUGUUGUAAAUUUGGAAGUACAACAGAUCAUGUAUGAAACUGGUUUUAUAAUGGCUGCUGUGUCUAGCAUUUUCAAACUGUAUUUGCUGUAGUAUCAAAUGUGUCCUACAAUGUGUAACAAGCAAGUUUUUAAAUUCCCACCAGCUGUGUGUCCCUUCUUUGCUAAGCAACUGUAAACAACAACAAAAAAGCUUCCUAAGAGCCCCUCCUGCCAGCUGUGUGACUGUAACAGGGCUUCAAGAUCAAGUGCUGAAAGCAGAAUCUUGGUUUGUGGAUUCCCUGAUAAUGCCAAAGAACUGGGCAGGGCCAGCACAUUAGCCCCAACCACUCCAGAUCCAUCUUUGCUUUUAUUUGUACAGUUCCUCACACAGGGAGUACAAUCUGAUCUGGGGAACGAGGUACUGUACUAUGACAUGGUCAGCUAGAAGAACUAGAAGGGAGCAGGCACAGGGAGGCAUUGGAUCUGUAGAGAGGAAGGCACCAUGGCUUCUUAAGAGAAUUAAAAAAUUCAGCUCAUACCAUAUGAUUUGUGGUGUGUUUGCUAUAGGUACAACCCCCCAGGCCUGGAGUUACACACUUUUUAAAAAUUUUGCCUAAGGUGUGUAGUGGCAAUCUGAGGUGUAACUUGUAUCCUGGACUGUAUGUUGUUUGGCUAGAUAUGGUUGUAUUGGGCCUUCAUUUGGCUAAUCGUGCUGUAGCCUAAGCCAUUUUAUAAACAUUACACCUGUGGUACUGACAUUUCAUGUUUAAAAAUUUAAAAAUCUCAUCUGGUUCUACAGAAGUAUUUUCUGCAGGAAGUUUCCAUAGAACUGAAUAAAUGAAGCAAUAUUAUCUUUCAUAAUAAGCACCUUCAUCAAACUAUUCCGGUGAAACCCUUUUGUCCUAUUCUUCUAGAAUCCAAAUGGCUUCAUUUAAGUGGACUUAAGUGUCCCAUUCUGCUGACUGAGCAAUUGGCUGCCAAGGUUUAUCCUGGUGUUCAUGGUUUAAAUUAAGUCUCCAUCAUCUCUUCCAUCCUGUAUUCCAGAUUAAAAGAAAAGGACAUGCUAUUUUACGAUGCACUUAUAGAGCAAGAUAGAAAGGGGACUGGUGUAUGUGUGUUUAGCCUGUAGCUGCUAUUCUGUUCUUGUGGUUUUUUUACAGGCAGGCCUGGGGAAGAGAAGAGGAACCGCUAUCCACAGCUAGUGUACGUGCUACAUCUGGCAAAGUGGAAUUGGCUAUAAAGUAGUUUCUCAGAGCUACAUCUUGCAAUGUUGUUUUUCUUUUUGCCAUCAUGGUGAUCAGCUCCAAAUGAGAUGAAAUAGAGUAAUUAAAGAUUGUGAUAAAAUCGUUUAGCUUCUGCUUUCCACCUGAAGAAGGAACAGGUCUGAUUAUGAGUUUGUGUGGCUUUUAAUGAUUGUGUAAUAAAGGGAAAAUGAACUAAU